AGUUAAUAUGUGCACUUGUUAAGGUUAACAACAGGUUCUUAAUAAGAUUGGCUUUAAUGUCUUGUAAUGUUAAUUGUUUAAAGAUUGUGUAAUAUUUUAUGACUGGAAAGGCUUUUAAUUCACUAUGUCAAGAUCAGUCAGUGAGAUGCAAGAUGAUUUACAGAAAAAUAAAGUACUCACCGGUUUAUUUGGUGUAACUUCUCUUGUCCUGCUUAUAUUCAGCGUCGUGGAGAAGUACAGUGUUUACGCGACCCUUACAAACUACACAGUUUGCGUUGGGAACGGAGUCCUGGGACUGUUGAUGACACUCUUGAUGACGUACAUUGUAGUUCGGACUGGGCAAUUAUCCGAAUCAAAUUAUGUGGUAUGGAUCAGCUUUGUGUACUAUUUUCGAAGCUGUCUGUUGGGAGCGCUGUUUGGUGCCAAUGUGUAUGGCACUGGUUUUGCUGCUGCUGGCGUAAUGUCUCCCAAUGCGCACACUCCAAACAUCGCGCUUUCAGUCAUAAUAGCUGUGACUUGUGUCAUUAUGCUCAUCGGAACAUGCGUGGUAACGGUUUUAACUUUAUUUCGAGGCGACGCCUCCCAGAAAUGAGACAAAGUGGAAAGCCGAACAUAGUGGAAAACUUCAGUAUGAUGCAAUUACUGAAAAAGAAGUUCAAAUUGUACAAAUGACAGCGAAGAUCUUCGUUAAACCAGACUAUGCUUAUGCAUGUUUUUGUAGUACGUAUGCGUUGUAACAUCUAUCUGACAGUUCUACAUGUAUGGUCAAGAAUCGAUACAUGUGUUGAAUACAUUGUUCGUCAAAAGUAUUGAUCCUGUUGUAAUUGCACAGAAAUUGUCAAUUAUAAUAAGAUAUUGUCAAUUAUAAUAACUUAUCUUUUUGGGAAGGGAUACCAAACAAACGGUAGCUUGCUUAAUUCCAAUAAAAUCUGACUGUUAAAACAUGACAUCUAUAUUUUUUCUCACUUUUCUAUAAUUUGUACAUAAAGUAAACGUGUCCAAUCAAACCCCUUUGAGGGUUAGCAUACAUUACGUAGUACAUUUGUUCGGUAACGACAUGAAUUGCUUUAUUUUAAAUGAUAUAAACGAGUUACAUAUCAUUAACACGUAUUUGCUUAUGUACCAAAACUAAGGCUUUAUUAAUAUUACAUAAAUAUGAGCCGUGCUCUGUGAAAAGGGGUUUAAUGCGAGUGCGUCAAGUGUCGUCCCUGAUUAGCCUGUGCAGUCCGACACACGGACGACUCUUUCCGCAUACACUUGAUUUUAUCUUAGAAGAGAUUUUCUGUAAACAGAAUAUAUCAUAAAAGCGAAAAGUGUCGUCCCUGAUUUGCCUGUGCGGACUGCACAGGCUAAAUUGGGACGAUGCUUUACGCACAUGCAUUAAACCCCUUUUUCACAGAUGGCGGCUCAUGUUUAUUUUUUGUAACACAGUCCGCAUUUGACAUAGUUCAGUUUUAUACUAUGCUGUCGAUUCUACACGCAUUGCAGGGAAACACCGGGUCAAACAAAAUUGCACAAAUACCACAAGACAUUUAUUAUUGGCGUCGCUCUGGAGAGCGGCGACUAGUAUGUAAUGCAUUUUUUUCGCUUAGGGGAGGAGAAGUUAUUUUACGGAUCAAUGUAUAUAUUUUUGUUUUAAGAAUAUCUUGCAUAGUGGUGAUUUUUUGUGUAAAUUAGUGUAAAUACGUACUGCAUUUUUGCCUAUUACAUUUAUUUCAACAUUUAUUGCCAAUAAUGUAAAGCUUAUUGUUCUAAUUAAUAACUGAUCCAAAACUGAUCACAGGGGAAAGAUCACAGGGACUGGGCAAAUACGCGAAACUUUCUGGUUUUGUAUAAAAACAAAACAUAAUCAAAAUAUAUUUAUUUUGUGUUUUUUCUAAUUUGCUUAUUUAGUGGAGAAUCAAUGUAGUACGAUAUUUGACGACCUAUCGAGCAAGCAAGUUUAUUGGAAGGCGUAGUGGUACGAUAACGUACAAUGUAUUAGUUUAUUAAUAGACAUAUAAUAACGAUCGCUAUACACAACUUAACAAAUAGCAGGACGUAAAUGAUGUCAGCCGGAAUAGCUCAGUUGGGAGAGCGUUAGACUGAAGUUGUGUAGGCAACAAUCAUCUAAAGGCCCCGGUUUAAUCCCGGGUUCCGGCACGAACGCAACAGUUCGGCGGCUGACAUUUUUUUUUCAGUCAGGUUAAUAAAUAUAAUAAAGCUUUAUUUUAUGUAGACAUUUUAAAAUCCAUUUUUCUACAAUUGGACAUUUUUAUUAAAAUUAAUGGAUGCCGCGUGGUGACCACGUUAAUUGAAUUUCUGACAUCACUUAAAUAUCUUAUAAAAAAUACACGUGUUUUUAUAUUUGCAAAUAAAUGCAAACAACACAUCUAUUA